GCAUGUCCGGCUAAUUUUUAAUUCAGGGUGAAAGCUUUUGACCGUCGCCCCAAAAUAUGAACUUCGGUUUUGGCUAAUUUUUCAAGGUUGUGAAACACUGGUCUACAUUAAAGCAACAUAAUGGACCACAGUACAGAUUCUGGAGUUCUCUCACCCAGCACAAUUGUGGGAGUAUCACCAAGGAGGCCUCUCCUGAAGACCCCCUGCCAGUCAGAAAGUGGGGGAACUAUCUUACUGCAGGUGCUGGAAUUUAAAACACAUCUGCUUGAGGCUGUCGAAGAGCUGCACAUUCGAAGGGAGUCAGAAGCUCGGUUUGAGAAUCAGAUGGGUAAAGUGGUGAUGGAGAAACAGGAGAUGGAGUGGGAGAAGGACUCAUUACAACACCAAAUCGAAACAGCUACAAAACAACAUGCGGACUCUCUCAUCAAUGUUAAAAAGCAGUUACAGGCCAAAAUAAGAAACACAGAAGAGGAGAAGGGGAAAUACCAGGUCAUUUCUGAGUUAAAAGAGAAGGAGAUUAGCACCUUGAAAGAAGAACUGAAGUCGCUCCAGCUGCUGAAGUACAACUUUGAAAAGAAAUCCAAUGAGUUGGAACAAAAGCAAGCUUUGCAGGUUCGGUCAAAAGACAGUCACCUGAUUCAAAUGGGAGAGAUUGAGAAACGGUUUGGCGUUCUAUCGAGGCAGUGUGCCACACUCAAGAAGGCACAUGAGCAACUGGAGCAGAAUGUUGAAGAAGCCAUAAGAAGAAAUAAGAAACUAGCGACUUCAAAUGAAAAACAUGAAGCAACCAUUCAGACACUAACGAAGGAGUUGGAGGAGGUCAACACCAAACUGAUCAAAACAAAGUUGUCGUCGGUCCGACAUGAAAGCGACAAAAUAGUGACACACAAAGAACAGCAUCUAAACCAGCUGAGUUACAAGCUGGGCAUGGAAAAGGAAAUAAACAAGAGGCUACGGGAAGAGUAUGCAGCUGUGCGUUCAGAGAAACAAGAGGUGAUGAUGUCCCUGCAGCACACUCAGCAACUCUUUUUGAACCAGACAUUGGCUGUGAACAGACUAGAGCUGCAGCUGCACACACAAGAGGAGCAGUACAAGGCCCUCAGACUGGAUCAUGCAGAGAUGCAAGAGAGAAGCAAGAUAAUGGAAGAAAAACUUGCUCAAUUGAUGAGUGAACAGCAAAAUUUUCAAGCACUGAAAGAGGUGCAUGAUGACCUCCAACAGAAAUACAAUCAACUGUCUGCACAGGUCAAAGUGCAGGACCAGAAAACACGGAAUUUGGAGAUGUUCCCCAGUCUAGCAGAUGGACCCGUAGGGAGACCUUCUGAUGAACCCAAAUCCAGCUUCACACUGUCUGUCUUUGGCAGCCUUCAGAACACAGCCGUUUCUCAGAGCAAAAUCCUGGACUGUCUGGAAGAUACGAGUGCUAAGACUAAACUGGAUGGUGAAAUGGGAGGACAAGGAACACCAAUGCUCCCCGGGCAGUCUGAAACUCAGCUACAAGUUGAACUUGAGGAGCCCUUUUCAAUUAGUUCACCCAAAAGGCUUCUGGUGCUCUCACAGACAAUGGAUAGUGAUGAUACCCUUUUGAAUAAACCCACGCGCGGCUCUAACACAAAUAAAAAGCUCUCUAAUGAACGGUCAGAUCAGGCUUCUCAUAACUCUGCAAAUGAGUUGGCUAUCAGUGAAAGCUUAGUGAAUGGAAUAAACAUAUCAAACACAGACAACAAAUCAAGCAAUUACAUCCUGACCAACGACAGAAAGAGAGAUCAUGGCAACACAAGCCCAAGUCGACAAGACUGUGGUGGGGUGGACAAAGUGAAAGAGGCAAGGAACAAUAGUGAUGGAGGGCACACGAAUGAAAGUCAUCUGGGGAGUGCUCACGAUGUCCUGGAAGAGAAAUGUUCUGAGGAGGAGAAAGAGAUUCUUAUUUCCCAAAAAGCAGAUUGUGGACACAUUCAAGAAUACGGUGAAGUGGGUGCACACAAGUCCAAAACAGAAACAACAGCGGAGUUCAAGGAUGGUGGGAAAGACGAAGGAAAAAACGAAACAGAGCAGGAGGCCAGGAUGACUUGUCAUACAAAGAGUAAUAUCCCACCGGACACUGACUUAGUGGACCUCAGUGAGAAAAUAGGCACCGUCUGUGUGACAGGCCGCUAUCAAAAGGACACAAAGAAGGUUGCAGACCGCAGUCCUGUUAACAUGAGAGAAGGGCAGCUACUUCACAACAUCAGCGGUCCUCCAGACCAAAGUCUCAAUUACAGCGCUAUUUUAAUUGCGCAAGUGGCUCCAUCCUCAUAUCAGGUUGAGGUCCAAACCAAUUCAGAGACAGUCAAGUCCUCACCAACAGCAACUUAUCCCGUGGUUGAAGAAGUGAUGAAAUUAAAUAAAUCAACAGAUAAUGUUCAAACUAACUUUUCUGACCUUCUGAGUCAGUCAGUGAAAAAUCAGACAGUGACACAAUCUGUUAACAUCAUCAGCAAUGUGACUCCCACGGAUGAAAUGAAGGGUGAAGAUACAAAUGAGGAGGUCAAGAAAACCAUUGUUGACACCAAGGUUGGAUGUCUUCAUAUGAAUACGUCUGAGCCUGCGAAUGGACCAAUGGAGGUUUUGGAAAGUGAUGCAUCCAAGGAAGUCUGUCGGAUGACCUCUCAGGCAGAACCUGUCAUUUGUUUUGGGAAUUUGAAUAAUUCCAUUUCCAACCCCGACAUUGCAGAGGAUUCAAAGAGCUCUAAAAGUGUCUUGUUAGUCUCUGAUCAACCAAAAAGUGUUAACGUUGAAUCACCUGACUUUGACACAUUGAAAUGCCAAAAGCAGCCUGUUGUAAAAGAAACGUUUCCUGUUAUGAAGCAGUCUUCUUUGCCCAUUUCGAAGGCUUAUAGGCCAUCAUUUGACUGGGGUGGUGCAAUGAAAGAGACGGUUCUAUCGGCAACUACCUCUAACUCCAACCUGCGGCCAAAUGUUCAGAGCUCCCCUGUCUCCGAGCAAAGUGCUUCUUGUGGGCUCCUCACACAGUCUCCCUGCACGUUUCGUAAGAGCCAGCACAGUAAAGAACCAUUGGUGAUUAUCAGCGCCUCCGAUCUGUUGAAGGCCUCCAGCGUCUCUGCAUCUGCAGAAUUCGGGAGGAAACAUAAGUUGGGAGAGCGGAAUGUUCUUGGAGAGAGCGUGAGAGAAACGGUAGCAACAGAUGAAAGCAGAGUUCCACUGUCUGCCCCUUCUUGUCCGUUCUCAUACUCGUCCAGCACAUGGCCGAGUCCUUCUGGCAGAACUUCAGUGUCCACUGCAGCUCCAAGAUCCGAUGCCGAAUCGGAAACUCUGUGCUCUCAGGAAGAGCAACAGUCGUCAUUCAGAAACCAGAUAUCCAAAAUUGAGCAGUUCUUAAAAUCCGAGAGGCUCCACCUGUCCAAGCGACGACGUACAGACAGCUAAACCAACAUCAAAUGUUAGUACUGCAGAGUUCAAUAUUUUGAAUGUAGUCCUCUCACUUCUGAAUAAAAUAUUUUGUGAAUUAUAAAUUAAUAGUAACUCAUAAUAUUCUCACUGAUAGUAUUUCAAGUUCAGUGUUAAUUGAUUAAUUAAUUGAGUGCUUUCGAUUUAUUUAUCUAUUUUUUUCUGGUCAACGUUUAUAGUGUUGUUUCACAGCUGGCAAUUUUUUUGUUGUUUGUUUGUUUUAGUGAACGAAAUAACAUAUUGUAAGGACUCUUGGUUUUUUUUUUAUUAGUUUGUUUUACAGUCUAUAGCUGUAAUGUUUUUCUCCAGUGUUUGUAUGUGUAUGUUUCAAGUAUUAUUCACAGUUUCUUUCGAAGAUUGCCGUUCGAUUUACACAAACUGCUCAGAUUAAUAAACAGCAAAUGCCAA